CCCUCUAUGUUCACGCAUCUCGGAGAGAGAGAGUGUACGUCCAAAUUUAUCCACCCGUCACUUCGCUGUCAUAAAACCCGGAGCCUGACCCGGAUCCGAUUUCUCACAAUCUCCAUACCACCCAAAUCUCUUCUCUCUCAACUUUCUUUCUUUAGGGGGAACUGGGAAAAAUGUACUCGGCGAUUCGCUCGCUUCCUCUCGACGGCGGUGACCACCAUGGACCCCUUGACGGUACUAAUCUUCCGGGAGACGCCUGUUUGGUCUUAACCACUGACCCCAAACCCCGUCUCCGGUGGACCGCGGAGCUCCAUGAGAGGUUCGUUGACGCCGUCACGCAGCUCGGAGGUCCCGACAAAGCGACGCCCAAAACAAUCAUGAGAACAAUGGGAGUGAAAGGCCUCACCCUCUACCACCUCAAAUCACAUCUCCAGAAAUUCCGGCUAGGGAGGCAAGCUUGCAAAGAUUCAACUGACAACUCCAAGGAUGCUUCUUGUGCUGGGGAGAGUCAGGACACAGGUUCAUCUUCAUCGUCAUCACUGAGAAUGGCAGCGCAGGAGCAGAACGAGGGUUACCAAGUCACGGAAGCUCUGCGCGCUCAGAUGGAAGUCCAAAGAAGGCUGCACGAGCAAUUGGAGCAUGGGCAGGUACAGCGGAGACUCCAGCUGAGGAUAGAGGCACAAGGAAAGUACCUACAAUCGAUUCUUGAGAAAGCUUGCAAGGCCUUUGACGACCAAGCUGCUGCUUUUGUUGGGCUCGAGGCAGCUAGGGAAGAGCUCUCAGAGCUAGCCAUCAAAGUGUCCAACAGCUCUCAAGGAACAGCAGUCCCGUUCUUCGAUACAACAAAGAUGAUGAUGAUGCCAUCUGUGUCCGAGCUUGCAGUAGCAGUAGACACCAAAAACAACAUCACAACCAACUGUUCAGUUGAAAGCUCUCUGACUUCCAACACCAAUGGGAGCUCGCUUUCUGCUGCAUCGAUGAAGAAGCGGCUUCGCGGAGACGAUGUAGGCCUAGGCUAUGAAGCAGGGUGGAUUAUGCCUAGUAGUAGUACCAUUGGAUAAAGAAAGUUUAGGGACCGAAGAUAUCAACUUGGGGACGAAGGUAGAGAUAAGAUUUAACCCUUCUUUACUUGAUUUGAGAGGUGUGGGUGGGAUUGUAUUAUUGGAUACAAAACUUUUCUUCAACAUUUCAGCUUAGCCUACUUAUGUAUAUAUUUGAUGUUGAAGCUUUA